AUGGCGCAACACGGGUUUGAUUUUAAGUUUAGCCAAUGCUUUGGCGAUAAGGCUGAUAUUGUAGUCACCGAAGCUGAUAUCAUAACUGCAUCAGAAUUCGAUCACACAGGAGACUAUCUUGCGACAGGUGAUAGAGGCGGUCGUGUGGUGUUGUUUGAAAGAAACAAUACUAAGCACUGCGAAUACAAGUUUCUCACGGAGUUUCAGUCUCACGAUGCAGAAUUUGACUAUUUGAAAUCGUUGGAGAUUGAGGAAAAGAUCAAUCAGAUCAAGUGGUGUCGACCAACGAACCAAUCCCACUUUUUGUUAAGUACCAAUGAUAAGACUAUCAAGUUGUGGAAGAUUUACGAGAAAAACAUUAAGCUAGUUAGCGAAAACAACCUCUCCGAGGGAACCAAGAGCUAUAACAGACGUUCGACAGGAAACGGUAGUGCAAGGGCCGUGAUAUCUCUUCAGACCCUAAAGCUACCAAAGUUAUCCCUACAUGAUAGAAUUAUAGCAGCAGCUCCAAAGAAGAUAUACAGUAAUGCCCACACAUAUCAUAUCAAUUCGAUAUCGUUGAACUCGGAUCAAGAAACGUUCAUUAGUUCGGACGAUUUGAGAAUCAAUUUAUGGAACUUAGAUAUACCUGAUGAGUCUUUCAACAUUGUCGACAUCAAGCCAGCCAACAUGGAAGAAUUGACAGAAGUUAUUACAAGUGCCGAGUUCCAUCCGCAACAGUGUAACCUGUUCAUGUAUUCUUCGUCCAAGGGUACUAUCAAGCUAUGCGACAUGAGACAAAACGCAUUAUGUGACUACAGGGCAAAAGUAUUCGAAGAGUAUCUCGACCCCAUAAGCCAUAAUUUCUUUACAGAAAUAACUUCUUCCAUAUCAGAUGUGAAGUUUAGUCCCGAUGGCCGUUACAUCGCAUCUCGUGACUACUUGACAGUCAAAAUAUGGGAUGUCAACAUGGAUAACAAACCAUUGAAAACGAUAAAUAUCCACGAGCAAUUGGAAGAGCGAUUGAAUGACACAUAUGAAAAUGAUGCUAUCUUUGACAAGUUCGAAGUUGCAUUUAGUGGUGAUAGCUCUAGUGUAAUGACAGGAUCAUACAACAAUAACUUUAUGAUUUAUCCUAACGUAGUAAAAACUGGUGAUUACCAAGCACCAGCUGGAAUGGAUGAAAUAGUAUUACAGGCAGAUAAGACUGCAUUUAAAACAAAGAGACUGAGUAGCUUACAGCAACAAAGUGCGAGAAAUAAGGAAUGGGGUGAUGACAUAGAUUUUAAAAAGUCUAUUCUACAUUUUUCGUGGCACCCAAGAGAAAACAGUGUUGCAAUUGCAGCCACUAAUAACUUAUUCAUCUUCUCUGCAUUGUAA